AUGCAGACACCAACGUUAUAUAACCCCCCUGACGGGGGGUGGGGGUGGGCUGUAACAUUCGGAGCUUUUAUUGUGUUAUUUUUGGCGGCUGGUCUUCCUCAAUGCAUUGGAGUGUUUUUCUUCGAAUUCCGUCGUUAUUAUCACGCGGACGCCAAGCAAGUGUCAAUUCUUGGAGCUCUUUUCUUCAGUAUGGUGUUCCUAUUAAGUCCUAUAAGUUCUGCCAUGGCCAACAAGAUUGGAACGCGUCCAGUCGUAUUUCUUGGCGGUGUGAUUUCUAUGUUCGGGCUAGUUAUAAGCGCUUUCGCUUCAGGCAUAGGAUUUCUCUGUAUUUCACUCGGAAUCAUAACAGGUUUUGGAUGUAGUUUAGGUAUGGUACCGAGCAUGGCGAUUAUUGGUCACUACUUCAAUCAAAAACACUCUGUAGCAAGCUCAAUGGCUCUGACUGGACCUGCUUUCGCAACCAUAAUCCUCCCAAGGCUUUGUAGCAUACUCAUCGGCAAAUUUGGAUGGAGGGGCUCUAUUAUAAUCGUCGGUGCCUUAAUGAUGAAUAUGUGCGUAGGUGCUUCGUUUUAUCGCCCAGCUCCAAUGUCGACUGAUAAACCCCGUCGCCAUAGAUACGAUGACGAAGACACUGAAGAUGAAGUUUCUGACAUUGAAUCUAGUUUGGAAAGUUUAGAAUCCACAUACACAGCGAAUGAAAAACCGAAAAACAUCAAACGAAAAAUUUGUGACCUUGCUUUAUGUAAAGACUUUUAUCGCUAUGUCAUGAUAUGUAUAGUAUUUGUGUUUAUCGGAUUCGCCGCCGCCAUCGCUAUGUCGUUUUUGAUGCCACGAGCCCUCGCAGCUGGCGCCAGUCGUACAAAGGCUGGUAUAUUGAUGGCGAUCGUUGGCAUCGUCAACUUCAUAUCGAGGAUUAUCCUCGGUUUUCUCACCAAGUGCGUUUCACCGUACAAAAUAUUUUGUAUUGACAUUUUCAUCUUUGCUAUAAUCUCUAUUGGUUCUACAUUCGGGAAGGCUUAUAUAGUUCUGUUGCUUUAUGCCGUGGUGUUCGGGAUAUUUAUGGCAACCCUGGGCGUACUCCCGCCUAUUAUUUUUAGAAGGAUGGUAGGGCCUGAUAGAUUUCAAUCUGCAAUGGGGUUGUCCAUGAUGUGCUGUGGUAUUGGGCUACUACUUGGUCCAAUUAUUGGAGGUUCAAUAGUUGGCAAUUCCGGCAGCUUCAGUGCAGCAAUCUUAUUAUCGGGGUUCGUGUUUCUUAUCAGUUUUAGUAUCCUUCUGACUGAGCCGUGUUUCGAGAAAUGUGAGUUUGCCAGAGAUGUAGAGAAUGCGACGAAAGAGGGGUUUACUGAAGAUGAAAUCAUUGAACAACUUAUUGUUUCUACCCCAAAACACCAUAUGACGAAAUAUUAAAACUGUGUUCAGCCAAGUGGGUGACCAACCACUUAUUUAUUGGCGUAUAGAAUACUAGUAGUCGGG